AUGGACACCAUCGGCAUCGUUCCUAAAAACGGGUAUAGGCUUACAGACGCUCAAUCGGCAAUCGCGUUACAGUGGCUAUUAUGGGAAGAGGAGAAACGUGGAGUUAGAAUUGAACACGCUGGUCGUGGAAAAGAAGUUAAGAUCAAUAAACUGAAAGUAGAUGGGUUUGACGGUCAGAAUAUUUACGAAUUUCAAGGCUGCUACUGGCACGGAUGUCCUAAAUGCUUUCCCUACGACCGGGAACUUGCUUUGAAAGAGGACCCCUCUGACUCACUCCAUUUGCGAUAUGAACGGACUAAAUCUAAAAUAGCAAAGUUGGGUGAUAACGUUGUACAAAUGUGGGAAUGUGAAUUUAGAAAGUUAAAAAAGACAGAAAACCUAAAACAUCUAGACAAGUUGCCGAUACUCAACAAUUUACCUCUGAAUCCGAGGCAAGCUUUUUUUGGGGGCCGAACCGGGAAUGCCAAAACCUAUCACAAAUGCGCCGAAGGGGAAACCAUUGAAUACGUGGAUGUAUGCUCUCUCUAUCCCUGGGUAUGUAAAUAUGGCAAGUACCCUGUAGGCCAUCCAACGAUCUAUGUAGGAGACAAAGAGUGUAGACAGAGAGGUCUCAAUGUUGAGGGUCUAUUAAAGUGUAAAGUACUUCCACCUCGUGAGCUCUAUCACCCCGUUCUCCCAGCCAAAAUGAAUGACAAGUUAAUGUUUGUUUUGUGCGCGACUUGUGGAGAUGGUCAGAUUCAAAGUGAUUGCGACCACGAAAGUGGUGACAGAGCACUUAUUGGGACCUGGACCAUGGACGAAGUUCGUAAAGCUGUAGAAAAGGGUUAUGUUGUGCUUGACAUGUAUGAACUUUGGGAGUAUAAGGUAGCCACAUAUGAAAAUGGGGGAUUGUUUACUGAUUUUAUAAAUAAAUUUUUAAAAAUGAAACAGGAAGCAUCUGGGUACCCAGGUUGGUGUGAAACAGACGAGGACAAAAACAAGUACAUUGACGACUAUUUUAAGAAAGAGGGUGUCCAACUAGAAAAAGACAAAAUUGUAAAAAAUGGUGGCUUAAGGUCGUUAGCUAAGCUUAUGUUGAACUCGUUUUGGGGAAAAUUUGGACAGCGUGAAAAUCAGACCAAAGCUACGAUUGUCAGGGACCCAAAAACACUUUUCAAAAUGUUAACCAGUCCUGAAAUUGAUGUAAAUAGAGUACAGAUUGUCAAUGAUGAGGUUCUUGUUGUUAGCUGGGAGUAUAUUGAGGAGGUUGGGGAGCCAUUGCAAAAUGUAAAUGUUGUGUUGGCAGCUUACACUACUGCCCAAGCGAGAUUGAAGCUCUAUGAGCAUCUAGAUGCUUUAGGUGGUCAAGUGUUGUAUUAUGAUACUGAUUCUGUAUUUUUGAAAGAGAUGGUCCUGGGUGAUGCUGCACAAACAAUGGACAUUGAGGAAAAUGGAAUCAGACGAACAAAGGAUAGGAAUAUAGUUACAAUCAGUGAGGUCAAACAGUUUAAAAUUACUGGACCAAAAAGGAAAUAUGGUAGCAAUUAUGAUACACUCCCAUAUGGGUUUAAAAUUCAAAAAAACUCACCAAAAUCUCAACUCCUGAAUCACUACUAUCACUGUCACUCAACUCCCCUCAGUCCCCAAUAUCCACCUCGUUCCACCCGUUCCACCCUCCUGGUCCCCAAUUGA